CGAACGUCUUUAAGGGGUCGGCAGUCUUUGGGCGGAACCCGUCUUUUCGGUUCUUAACUGGAAGCAAAACCGGACAAAAGCAGUCGUCCCGUUUCGGGGGUCUCAGAUUUGAGAGGGAGACACAGCAGCCCUGUUAGAUCGCAUGGAACGUUUUAUCGUCUCGUAAAGCAGGAAUACCGUGGUGGUGAAUACCUCCGAAACGUAAAACUCUUUGGCCGAGUGAUGCGCAGGAGAAAACCACGAAUAACGUAACGUACCUCCAAGUGACGCUGAUGAGUCUCUUCCAAUUUACCGCUAGAAGGUUGGUUUCCCAAGCAUAUUGUGGACUUAAGGCGGCUUCUUCUUCAAAGAAACAGAAGUUUUGCUUGGAAAUGGCUCGUCCUAGUUCAAAUAUGGCUGAUUUUCGAGAAGUGUUUGCCAAAGCGAAGCAUAUAGCCAUUAUCACAGGAGCCGGUGUUAGCGCCGAGAGUGGAGUUCCUACCUUCAGAGGGGCUGGAGGUUUCUGGAGGAAGUGGCAAGCCCAGGAGCUGGCUACGCCAGAGGCUUUUGCGCGAAACCCUUCUCGUGUAUGGGAAUUUUACCAUUACCGCCGGGAAGUGAUGUUGAGUAAACAUCCAAAUCCUGCGCAUAUCGCCAUUGCAGAGUGCGAAAGGCGACUGAGCAAGCAAGGAAGGAGCGUUGUGGUCAUUACUCAGAAUAUUGAUGAACUACACAGAAAGGCAGGCACAAAGCACCUCUUAGAAAUUCAUGGUAGUUUAUUUAAAACUCGAUGCACCAACUGUGGAAACGUGGCUGCAAAUUACAAGAGUCCAAUAUGCCCCGCAUUGGCCGGGAAAGGGGCUCCAGAUCCUGAAACAGAAGACGCCACGAUUCCAGUUGAAGACCUUCCUCAGUGUGAGGAGGAUGGCUGCAACGGGCUCCUCCGUCCCCACGUUGUGUGGUUUGGCGAAACCCUGGAUCCUGACAUUCUCACAGAGGUUGAGAAGGAGCUUGAGAUAUGCGACCUCUGCUUGGUAGUCGGGACCUCCUCCGUGGUGUAUCCUGCUGCUAUGUUUGCCCCUCAGGUAUCCGCCAGAGGAGUGCCAGUUGCAGAAUUUAACAUGGAAGCUACUCCUGCUACAAACAGAUUCAGGUUUCACUUCCCGGGCCCCUGCGGGACGACUCUGCCGCCGGCGCUGGCCCGCCCCCAGACGGAGAUGAGCUCCAAACGGAAGCUGCUCCCCGAGGCCGUGCUGCAGGAGCUGGCCGCCGCGCCGCCCGCACGACCCGAUGGGCAGGCUGCGGCAGCUAACCGAGGUAAACGCCGUGGAGGGGGGGCUCCGAAGCAGAGACAAGGCCAAGUCCAAAGGCGGCUGAAGAAAGACGAGCAAAGAAAGGGUGCCAGGUCAAAAGGAAACUAUACGGCUGUGUGCUUAAAAGAUCAGAGUUUAACAGGCCUCCACCAACAGCUCGCCAAAGACUUUUUAAACACUCAUCUCUACGGACCAGACACCAACCGGGCACAGGCAAAUGAAUUUUUUUCCCUUGAAAAUAAGAAAAACCCAGUUAAAAAAGCUGCAGUUCAGUUUGUGGACAAGUCUUGGGGGCAAGAAAAAAAGCAAAGAGCAGCAAGGUUUAAAAAACGUUGGCUCUCAACGCAGAUUAAAAAUUGAGUAUGAAGACAGCUUUUUUCAGAAGAUGCUAUUAAGGACUUCUGCUGAAAGUUAGUCUCUCAACACAACAAAGGUGUUUUCUCCCCACUUCUCCAUCAUCGCUCUGCUUUCAGCUCCAGCCACCAGCUGGCACUGAUCUUCACAAAGCUGUGCCUGAACUGACCUCCCUGUUCUCUUCCCUCCCCUUUCAGAAGGGGUCAGGGAAGCUAAGAAACAGCUGUGUAUCCUUAACACUGACUUAGAACAGCUGGUGUUACAACCAGCCUUCUAGAGCUGGGUGCUGCUCUGUGAGGCAGCUCCUUUGCAGAGAAUAAAGAUGAGCGAUGUGGUACUUACUGGUC